CCCUACGGAAAUUAGGAAGAAAAAGAAAAACCUUCUUCCUUAAACCCUAGAAACGCAAGUGGAGGUGACCGAGGAUGAAGACCGUCACCGGAAGGGUCAUCUCUUCGAAGCCAAUCUCUCUCUCCAAGGCGGCGUCCACUCUCUCCUCGUUCCUGUCCACCGAUAAUGGCGCUUCUCCAGCAUUCUGUGCGUACCUGAGACGCGCCUCCGCCUCUUUCAAUGAGUUGAAGCAGCUACACAAGGAGCUGAAGUCUUCGCGGUCCGAUCGGAAGCACCGGCAUCACAGAUCUGAGGUUUUUAGUGGCUUAGAGGUUGCCGUGGAUGAAACAUAUCGGAGUGAGGCGAGUCAUGGGAUCAAUCAUCGGAUCGAAGGCGGCGAGAAGAAGAACUCUUCCGUAUCUGAGAGCAAAAGCGGGAAGAAGCGGCGGGAUAGUAGGGACCGAACUGAGGAUAAGCCGGCCCUCAGUGUCCAAUCUGAUCGAGAAUCAGGCCGUGAAUAUCGAGAGGACGCGCGGGCGGAUGGAAAGAGGAACGGGAAUGGUGGUUUUGAGGGUGUAAUAGGUGAAGAUGGAAAGAGAAGGAGCGACGAAUUGAAAACAGAAGUUGAACGUAAGCCUAGCCGGAGAGUUGAGAUGGAUGUGGAAUCAAGCGAUGGAGUUAAAAGCAGUGUAGCAGUUGAGAGUAGGAGAAAAAAGCACAAGAAAAAGAGCGAGGAAGAACAUGGUAAGACUGGUGAUGAUGAACGUGAUGCUGGAGCCAGACAAAGCUAUAGCAAAUCACGAAUUAGUGAUAAUAACGGCGAGAUUGAAGCUGCUGCGGGGGAUCUCGUUGAGAACAAUGUAGCAAGGGGAAAAGAUAGGAAGAAGGACAAGAAGAAUGUGGGUGAUGAGAGGGAUAAAGUAAGGAGUGAAGGUCGGAGAAGAAGAGACGUCGAGGCAGAAGAGACCGCGGAUAAGAACAACGGUGAUUGGAAGGACCUUGUGGAGCUGCCGACCAAGAAGAAUAAGAAGAAGAGGGAAGAAGAUGCUGGCGAUCUUCAAAAUAACAGUGGAGGCGCUGUAGAGAGAAAGGGAAUGCCAGUUUUGGACAGUAAAAAAUUGAAAAGAAAAGAAAAGAAAAAGAGGAAGAAUCGAGACUUAGAACGAGGGGGUGGCGGUGGUUCAGAGGAGCAGCAGGGUACAAAGAGAAGGAAAGGAAAUUUAUGAGACAAUAAUGGAUGAACUUUUAACCUUUUCCCGAUGAUGAUUUAUUAGUUGGUGAAGUUUAGAAGAAGGGGUGACGAUGGUUUAGAGGAGCAGCUGGGUACGAAAAGAAGGAAAGAAAAUUUAUGAGAUAACAAUACUUUUCCCAAUGAUGAAUUGUUAGAAGUUGAUGAUUCCAUGGGCUGACAGUGUUAUACCCAAAGCUUCUGCUUACCAAUUGCUGUCACUGGUAAUUGUUUCGACGGUUAAUAUCAUCGUUCUAUUUAGAUUCUUUAUACAAAAAACAUUAUCAAUCUAUUUAGGAAGCUAAUUUUGUGUUCCUUUUAGUGAAAAUGGGAAUAUUAGCACCCUUUUCCCCCCUUCUGGGCAUUGGUUUAUUUUGUAAUUGAUUUCUCAACUAUUUGAUUAAUGAAAGCUUCCUGUGUUCUUGGUUGUUUUUUCA